UUCAACAUUUAUUUCAGGUCAGGUACAAAUCGUUUCGUUCUCAGAAGGUGUCUCGUUUCUGUUACUAAUAAGGCUGUUGAUACGCAAAGCAGAAUAUUUCAACAACAUGUCAUCAAUACGCUUUUCUAAAGAGAUCACCGCUGGCAUUACAGCUGCAGCACUUGAAUGCUCUCUAUGUACGAAACGUUUCACACACCCGAAGUCACUCCCGUGCAUGCAUUCAUUUUGCCUUGAAUGUCUUGAAAAACUGAGGAAAGAAAGCAACGAAGAAAUAAGCUGUCCAAUCUGUCGUGAAGUCUUUCAGGUUCCAACAGGAGGACUUAAACAUUUGGAGGAUAGUGUUUUCAUCAACGGGUUAUUGGACUAUGUGACAAACUUGGAACAGAAAUUGGCACCCACCUGCGUCUGUUGCAAGAAGGAAGCUGCUUUCAUCUGUCAAGAUUGCGGUGAGCUGUACUGUGGAAUUUGCAAAGAUACUCACAGAAGAAUGAAGAUUUCUAAAGAUCAUUCCAUCAUUACCCUAAAGGAAUACAACAGCAUUGACCCCGUGGAACGCUUUGCAUCAAAACGGGUUAAUUGCUCCCAACAUAGUAUGCCGCUUCUGUUCUUUUGUGAUACGGAUAAGACACCAGUUUGUGUUGGAUGCACACAGGUACAACAUCCCAGGGGUGAGGCUCAUAAAAUAAUUGAUAUAAAGAAUGCGUUUGAAACCUUCUCAUCUGUUGCAUCAGAGCUCAUUACGUCAUCUGAUAUGAAAGUAUCCGAUGUGCGCGAAAAGGUUGAUGUAUUAAAAAGAAAGAGGGCAGCGGUGAACCUAAAUUACUCAAAAUGUAAAGCAGACGUCAUACGUCAGGCUGAUGAACUACAUCUCUUGAUCUCUCGUCAUAAGGAAGAUCAACUGCAAAGGCUCGAAGAAACACAUAAACAAAAACUGAUGUUAUUUGAAACUCAGGUUAAUGAACUGGAAUUGGCUAUUGCUAAAUUAUCCAGCAUGAGUGGAAUUAUUGACAACUUGACCAAGAGUCCCAAUCAAGUUAUGGCACUGAUGAAAAGUUCAGAUGCUUCUGAAAGAUUGGAUACACUUCUAAAUGAUAAAGUUAAUACAGAACCUCAAGAAUUAACUGUUUUAUAUUACAAGCUAAACAGUAGGUUGUCACAAUUACUAGCAACUAAAGUUGUAGACAGGCUUCGUGGGAAUGAAACGAUUAUUUCACCUAAAAACACGACCAUUGAGAUACAACAAGAAGGUGGACGCGCGAAGCUUCCUUUACUAGGUAACAAGUGUAAGCUGAAUACAGAUAUAUCUGUCAAAAUUCGAAAUUAUUUAGGUGAGAUGGUGUACAACAUGGAUGUAAAAGUAAAGUGUUUAGGAAUAAAUAGAAGUUUGCCUGACAAGAUUAUUAUAGAAGAAAUAUCAGUUAUUUUCGAUUAUGAUGGGUGUUAUCAUAUUCGCGGUGAUGUAGCUUUUAAUAAUUGUACAUUGAUAUGUCUGAUUAUUGAUAGAUCUGAUGUAUAUGUUAAUACAAUUAAGUUUGAUAAACAUGGAAUGGGCUCUACGCGCGAAAGCCACUUCACCAAUUUAUGAAUUCUUGCUGUUCAUUUCUCUCUUAACCUUGGUAUCUACUACCAAAGAUACUAGAAAUACAAGAUAGAAUUCUCGCGUAUCAAAAUUUAAGCGGAUAUACGUCAUGUCUGUUUCAAAUAAUGGAAAUUUACGUAAGUUUAUAUCCAAACGUACACGCAAGUGUACCGUUGGAUAUAAACGAAACUUAGUACCGUUUACUCACCAUGCAAUUCGGUGAUACAGUUUUUAUCUGUGGAGAGUUCUAUCUUGUUUUUUUUUUUAGUAUCAAGAGAUCAAGAGAUGUAGUUCAUCAGCCAGACGUAUGACGUCUGUUUUACAUUUUGAGUAAUUUAGGUUCACCGCUGCCCUCUUUGCUACAAAUUAAUACUUCUACUACUGCCACUACUGCGACUUCACAGUGUGUGUGCUGAACAACGGAGAUUUUUGGUUUCCAGUUCAAUCUUAUCCGCUGCUAGUUUUCAAUUGUAUUCUUACCACCAAAACCGCCCACAAUUAAUAAUAAAGUUGCUUAAACGUUUUGUAAUUAGGCCGAGACCUCUCUAGGCCUACUGAAAAAUACUCAAUGAAAACAUAGUUUACUGUCAAUAAUCUAUUUACUAG